AUGGCCCCGGAGAAUGUUGCCCUUGAGCGAGUGCGAAUGGAGUCACUGCCGGAGCACAUGUAUGAGGCGAUCACUGUAGAGCAACUGGUGAUCGCCGCUCUGAGUGACCUCACUGAGGAUGAGGUUCGCCAGACUGGAGUGCAAAGCAACUUGGUUGCACUGCACCUCCAAGGGAAUGUUCCGGAGGGCCGCCAGGACCUGCACCGACUAGCGCAGGGACUGACAAUGAUCCGCCCUCCUGCGGACCACCCGCCGGCGGAUGCUGCCGCAACUGGACCUGCGGCGAUUGAUGCUGCUCUUGGCAUCAAUGUCAGGAAUGGCGCAGAGGAGCCUGCAUCUGCAAGUGCAGGAAUGCUUGGAACUGAGCCGAAUGAUUCGGUGCCUGCUCCCACACCGAGUGAGCCGAAUGCUGCAGCGAAUGCGGUGCCUUGGGAGGCCCGCCGCCUGAUGAAUGAGACAAUGGUGCAGCACCGACUGAGCAGGCAUGGUCCUGUGAUUGUUCAGGUGUCCGCCGCCUUGACUGCGAUGGAUUGUGGAGUUGAGCUCACCAGAGUGUUGGAGAACCACCGUGUGGAGCGUCCCGACACCAUUAGUCAACGUGCCUGGAGCAGAAAGCAGACCAGGGAGAUCGAACGAGCCCAUACGCGUAUUCAACUGUGUGAAACCUUGGAUCAGUUGGUUAACUACGCAGCGACUCUCCUUUCUCCGGACAACCUAGAGGCAUUCCUGUUUCUGAAUUUGUCGGAGAGAGACCCUGAAGAGCCGUUGUUCCUCCCGAACCACCUGGUUGAGUCUACGGUACACCCAGAAGAAGACCACCCUCCGUUGCCAGCUAGCCUAGACGCCUUGGUGUUGGAGUACGAAACCCAGCAGCACGACAAGCAUCUAGAAGAACUACUCAAGAACGACUUCGGCAUCAUCCUUGGUGGUGGUACACGCGAAAGUAAGAAGAGAUCUGCGGACCCUGGACCUCAACUACCGCAACCUCCCCAAGGGAGCAAUCCGUUUCAGGGAGCGCCGGUGAGCCCUGCGAGUCCUAGUCAGCAACCUUUCGAGCGAGUUCUAGAGAUGCUGACAGCGUCGGUUCUACAGAGUGCCGAAAAUUCUCAGCAGAUGAAAGAGACUCUUGAAGCCUUGACCAGACGUACUUUGAAUGAGAGUGGAUCGACUCAGUCUGGUAUGUGGUCUCGUGUGAUCAGCAAGCCAGAUGUCUUCAAGCCAAAGGACAGGGAGGAAGAGCUCUCCCAGUUUUCAGAGUGGUCGUGGCAAUUCAAACAGUAUGUGCGCGUGAUCUGCCCAGGGAUGCAUAAGUUGCUUGAGAGCGUGGAGUCUGACCUUGAUGACAGUAACGUGCACUCUGAGAUGUCUGUAGAAACAGUGGAUUUGUCAAAGCAGCUGUACGCCUUGCUUGCUAGUUUGUUGAGAGAGCGUCCUGUGCAAAUCUUGAAGGCCAUCCCAGAUGGCAAUGGAUGCGAAGUGUGGCGGACUUUGGUUCGCACCCUGGCGCCUAGCAACAAAGCUCGGUCGUUGGCGCUGCUUGGAGCAAUUUCUCAGUUUCCAGCCAUGACAAAUUCCAACUACCAUGAGCAGAUUUGUACGACCCUACCUCCUGCUGGUGAUGGUGCUGUGCCUAUGGAUGUUGACAUGGUGAAAGGAAAGGUUGGUAAAGACAAAGGCAAAGGUGGGUGGAAGCACUACAACAACAACCCCAAAGGCAAGGACAACAAAGGCAAAGGAAAAGACUACUCCCAGUACUACCAGAAGGGCAAGCAUGGAAAAGGCAAAGGUGGUUACAAAGGAAAGGACCAUAAAGGGAAAGGCAAAGGCUAUAACCACGACAACUCGAAGGGCAAGAGCAAAGGCAAGACCAACGUUCCCUACAACAAUUGCAAGAUUUGUGGUAAGCCAGGUCAUUGGAGCAAUGAGUGUUGGAUGAAGAAAGUGAACCAAGUGAACAACAAUCCUGGAACCCCAAAUGUGCCUCAACCACCUGCGGCUCCUGGAGGAUCAACGAGUACCACUGCGACUACAGCCACGGUGAAGCGCGUCUUCAACUUGGCAGACGACAUAGACGCAGUUCAGUUUCCGGUUGCAGGGGAUUUGGUUGGUGGCUUUGAAGAAUCGUGGGAUGAUGAAGAGUGGUCUGAGUGGUGGUGCUAUCAUGUCACCGCUUCGGAGUGCGAGUACUAUGACAUGAGCACGGAAGACAGCUCUGAAGAAAACUGGACGUACGAUGACACAGCAGUUUCCGUAUUCGACAUGACCAUGUCUGAUGCCCUUCCAGGUGAUGAAGAUUGGGUCCAAUGCGAUUGGGCCAAGACCUACGUGCAGAUGGUACAACAGGGACCAUCCGAAGGCUGGACCAGUGAAGGGAUCAAGGUUGAAGUGGUUCUUGAUUCAGGCGCUGAUGUUAGUGUGAUGCCAGAGCAGUGGUUGCAGAUGGAUGUGGGGCAGAAUGCACCGGGUGAGCGCGUUCUCAUGAGGGAUGCACAAGGUCGUGAGAUGCCGAAUCUCGGCACUCGUAAUGUGUCGUUAGAUCUUGGCCAAGCAGUCCUUCAUGAGCGCUUUCAUGCAUCGUCAGUGGCUACCCCUUUGCUGAGCCUGGGUCGACUGUUGAGGAAAGGAUGGAGUUUGAACCAUCGCAACAACAUGUUGUGCUUGUGCUUCGAGGAUGUGGCAGUACCUGUGAGUUUUCGGAGAAAUUCAUUGGUGGUGGAAGCUACAGUGCACAAUGUGGAAGCAAGUGACAUGAGCCCAAUCAUUGAAGAAGUUGUCGAAGAACCCAGCUCUCCACUAGAAGUACGGCCAUUGCUAGAAGGGCGACGCCACUAUGCUACGUUUGAUUUCAACCCUGAUGCUCUCUCCACAUCUGAGGCUGGUGAGCUCGAUCCACGUGGUCGACGGUGGCUAUUUCUGCCAACGGGAGACCCGGUUUGCCUCUCUGUGGGUUUGAACUUUGUUGACCCUAGUGCUAUGAUGAACACUGCGCUUUGGAAGUUUCGGACUACAGUCGUGAAGAUUGCUGAGCGUUGGGAGGUUUUGGAGUUACACCAGGAUUUGACCUCAAUGCCAACCAUGAGUGGUGCUCUGUCAGCGCUGGAUGAUUCUCUUCCUGGAGUGAUGUAUGAGAGCCUGACCAUGACGGUGAUGCACCGAACAAUCGUGGAGCCCGAGAAGUUUGGGUUUCAUGUGGAGCCCGAGGCACCAAACCCGUUGCUGGAUGAACCUCUGCCUCAGGUGCCUCCGGAACCAAUACGAGCUGAUGAAGGGAUGCCGGAUGGUGCCAACGACUCCAAUGCGGAGGAUGAGCAGCCUGGCGCGCAACCUGUGUUGCCUGGGGUUCAGCUAGAGAAGCCUAUUACAGAUGAGAUUGACGUUGAAGGCAAGAGGUUGACUGCGGAGUCCCCAGCGGCUGAGUUGAAGUUGGCGUGCCGUGCGUUGGGUAUAGGUGCUACGGGGUCCAAGAAUGUCCUGUACAAGCGAUUGGUGAAACACGUGUGGCGUAGGAAGAUGGAAGAUGACUUAGCUCUGUUUGAAGCUGCGAAACUACCAGAACGCAAUCCUCGCUCUUCUCCAGUUCCUACAGAACCAUCUCCUGAAGAAGUUGCCAAACAUCGGCUAACCCACGUACCUUACCAACCAUGGUGCCCGUUAUGCGUGGCGACAAGAGGAAGAAGGGAUGCUCAUCGAGGUGAUGAGGCCCACCGUUCUACUGGCGGUUGGCCAGUCCUGUGCAUGGACCUCAUGUAUGCAUCUCUGGAAGGUUCAGUGUGCGAGUUCAUGAAGCAAGCCCCAACGAGCAAAGAGAAGAAGUUGACUGUGUUGGUGUGCGUAGAUCGGGAUACUGGGAUGAUUCAUUCAGUGCCUCUUCCUGGAAAGGGUACUACAGUUUUACAACAUGCUGCCAAAGAAGUUCUUGGGUUUCUGUCCUACCUUGGUAGGACUGAAGUGGAGAUCAGGGGCGACAAUGAACCACCGAUGGUAGCCCUGUGCGAUAAGGUCGUGGAAGCUCGAAACAAAGCAGGUCUGUCAACCCGCAAGACUCCUUCUCAACCCUAUGAACACCAGACCAAUGGAGCAGCUGAGCAAGCAGUCUUGAGCAUGCGGGACAUUGGCAGCACUCUCCUACAGCAGGUUGAGCAGAAUGGAUUUGCCCCCAGUUUGAACCCCGAGUUGAUCCCGUGGGCCUAUGUGCACGCAUCGACUUUGCAUAACUGCUUUUCAGUGUCUGCGGGAACCACACCUUCUGAGCGCGCCUUUCAGGUGAAGUACAAUGGACGGCUGGCGAUGUGGGGCGAGACGAUGCUGUUUGCUAUUUCCGAGCCCCAUCGACGUAAAGGCCGGCCGAAGUUUGCGAAGGGCGUGUUCUUGGGUAAAACCAUGUUGAAUGACCUCAACAUUUGUGGCACAGCGUUGGGGGUGUAUUUGUCGUCAACAGUCAAGCGUCUUCCAGAAGUACAACAAUGGGACAAAGUGUUACUCAAAGAAGUUCAAGGUAAGCCUUGGAGGUACGGUUUGUCAUCUAUGGGUAUGAAGAUAGUACCUGGAUUACGUGAACGCAAGCCGCGUCCAGAGCCCAUGGCCGAACUACCUGUGCCUCUGCAUCCGUUACCUCUUCCUGGUGGAUCAAGCCCAAGAGAGGAAGCUGCGUCUGACCCCACGUCAGAACCUGCGUCGCCUGACGCAGAGUCGGCUUCAGAGUCUAGCAGUGAACACCCAGGAGGGGAUGUCAGAGGAGCCAAGCGGAGUCGUGAGCCAGGAGGGGAUGACGAUGAUUCGUCUCCUCAAAGCUUCCCUUCAGAUCUGUUGAGUCCGGCUACUGAGCCCGCUCCGAUGGUUGUUGAAGAACGUGGUGAAAAGCGAGAUGUCCCAGAGUCUGCUGGGAGUGACCAAUCGGUCAAGAAAGUUCGAGCUGUGCGAGUUGGUGACGUGGACUACUUCGUUGCGGAUGAGGAGAUGGAGGACUGGUGGCAAGGCUUGGAGUUUGAUGCCCAGUACUACGAUGAUGAUUGGAUGGACUUCACACCAGAGACGGAUCCAGAGGUGUUCUGGGAAGAUCAAGGAGAAGAGGAAGGACCUCCUGUCCUUUCUGCAGACCAGCUGGAGAAAGUGGAAGCAACAUCGAGGCUGGACGAGAAGUCCAGACUCAUUGACAUGGGUGUGUUGGAGAAGGUGGAGAUUGACCCUCCGGCGGACAAGACCUUGCAGUGCCGGUUGGACAAUGAAGUUUACCGUGUCUGGAAGUGCUUGCCGGGCCAACAACUUGCUCCUGUGUAUUGGCAUGAUGAACUGAGUGGAGAUCUUCAGACUUGUGGCCUUACCGGCAAUGUUGCAUGCCCAGUUGUGUAUGGUGGCAAAGAUCAAGCCGCUACGGUCCAUGUCGAUGAUGGCCUACUUGGAGGUUUCGAGGAUCAGGUUGACCAGACGGUUGGCGCGCUGAAAGAAAAGUAUAAGCUUGAGUGCAGUCCCCCGCUGAAGGAAGUUGGUGAUCAGUUGAGGUUUCUCAAACGUACGCUGGAGGUAGUGCCAGAAGGACUACGGAUAGUGAUCGAUCCAAAGUAUGUGGAGAAAAUCCUCCAAGUCCUUGGGAUUUCCAAACCUCGCUCCCGCAAGGUACCUUCGACUACAGACUUGACGGCCCUCGAUGAGACGGAGAAGCUUGAUGCUAUGUGGGCCGGGAGGUACAGAGCAGCUUUAGGAUGCUUGUUGUAUUUGGCUCCUGAUCGACCUGAUGCGCAGUACACGAUUGGUGUGUUGGCUAGGGGAAUGUCAUCGCCUACAGCAAAGCAGUUGUCACAUGUGAUGUACCUAGCAGAGUACUUGUACUACACCCGGGACUAUAGCUUGGUUUUGCGGUGGAGCAGCCCAGGGCGAUCAUAUUUGGACGAAAGCCCACGUGUCAGGCCGAGGCUUGAUGAUGGCGGAGAACCUGUGCCGCCUGGUGGAACCUUGGAAGCCAAACCGAGGUUACUGGAGGCCGUAAGUGAUGCGGACGCUGUGGACCUUGCUGCUCGGCUGGACAGCUCGAGUGCGCGCAGCCUCCUCACGAAGGCCGGUGUCUCUCGCAUACGACACCUUGAUGUAAGGCUGCUGUGGACACAGAGUUUGGUCCGUGAGAAAGUUUUGUCAGUGCGUCCAGUGGGUACUCUUGUCAACACCAGUGAUCUCGGCACCAAAGUUUUGACCUCAAAGAGGGUGAAGUAUCUACUGUACCUGUUGGGCAUGUACAACACCGACGGCUUGAUAACUCCGGGAAAGUUUCCAAAACCAGCAGGGUCAGAUAAAUCGCAGGCAGCUGAAAUCCUUAGGGUUCUCACUGCGGCCAUAGCCUUGAGUCGAGCUACGGCAUCUGAUCCCGAGCCGAAGUGCAACGUUCCUGCUGAGCCCUACGGUGCGGUCGGCGGGUUCCUCACGGUGCUGACUGAACCGCUCUUCUACAUGUUCAUGUUUGCGGUUUCAGUCGUGGCGAUCGUUGUAUUUAUGGCACCAAAGCGACGAUGGAACCGGAUUCGAUGUGUGGACCCUGAUGUUGGUGGUGACGGAGAAGGUGAGAAGGCAGUGCGAGAGCCCUCUCCAGAGACGAACUACUUCGAUGACAGCUGGUUGAUUGCUGCAUCUGAUGACGACGAGGGCGGCGCUACGGAAGCCUAUGUGCAAAGUUUUGUGUAUGAGCCAGAACCAAGAGGGCAGACCCCAGAUCUACCUGGACCUUCUACGGGACCUCAUGAGCAUGUUCGGGAAGGUGAACAUUCUGCCCGUGACCUACGUGUUGAUCAAGGAGUUCGACAACAACGAGCUCAAGGACAUGAUCCAUGGGCUCAGGGAGUGAGCAGUCAAGGACCGGCGCCUAUGCCGGUGCGGACGGAACCAGCAAUGCCAACUGGUCGUGGAGGUGGACAUCCACCAGUUCCGGGACCAAUGACGUUUCGGAUUGGAAGUGGUCGUGCAGUGCAUCGGGCCUCUUGUGGAAUGGUGAAGAGGGCCCAAAGGUUGGAACCAGAGAAGCUGAUCCAGCUCUCGAUUGCGGAUGCACUCAAUGCUGGUUUGAAGAAGUGUGGGCACACCCAGACUGAACGUUUCCGACUUGCUGAUUGUGAAGAUUGGAACGAGCCAGAGAAACUUCGGGAGCUUAGGGAUUGUGUGCUUGAGUGGUUCGUAGAGCUGCAGACAACCAAGCCCAUUACCCCUUCGCUUAGCCACCAAAGUUUCUGCAAGCGGCAGCGCGACGCACAGGACCGUCACAGGUCACAGCUCGCUGAGUUGGAUUCAGCGUCUGCCAUUGUUUCUUACGGGUGCAAGCUUUUAGAUCGGGAACCUGAUUUAUUGCAAGUGUUUGUUUGGUGUGCAGUAACGAUUUUAGGGGAGGCCAAGGCUUCUUCUACCGCCGGAUCUGCAGGGCGCAAGGAGACCGUUGUGCUUCAGGGUGACGAGGUGAGAUCAGCUACGUGUGCUGCUGAAUCUGCUCCUGUCUUCAAGAAGCUUAGGCGUUCUAGAGAAGUGAUUGAUCUUGAUUGA